AUGGCAGAGUAAAGGACCUGCACUGUAAAAGCCUGUGCCAUACUGUCAGGGUUUACGCUCUUCACUGGGCUACUACGAGCUGGAGAGAAGACGCAUGCGUACUGACUUGAAGCAGCCGGUCGGGAAAAAAAGCCUUAUGUGCCAUCGGAUGUAAUCAAGGCAAAGAAUUACCUCUUCUCGCUGUGCAUACAUGGUGAAAUUUGGGGUUUUAACAGAUCUAGGCAGUGUCUUUUCGGUGGUUGUCCAGGGCGAAGAAGCUCUACGGUUCUUCAUGGUGGCACUUUCCAUUGAUGUGUUGUGUGAGUUGCUAAAGCAAUGGUUUCUGCUGAUAAAAUCGUUCAGGAACCAUUACGUCCCAGUGUCGUUCACAUUUCUGCUACGCCCAUGGGAUCAGAGCGGAUGGAGAUGCGAAAGAGGCAGAUGUCGGUGCAGCAGGAGUCGGCAGCGGGGGAAACUGUACCGGCCCAGCAGGGCCAGCCGGGCCAAGCCAACCCACGGGGCUCAAAUGCAUGUUGCUUCUGCUGGUGCUGCUGCUGUAGCUGUUCCUGGAAUGAAGACCGGGAUGAAAGGAACCGAAAGGCUUCUUAUGACGUCAAGGAAGGGACCGCAGACUGUGAAGACUGCCCGAUGCCCACGCUGGAGGAGGUGCGCUCGUGGGGGCAGUCGUUUGACAAACUAAUGUGUUGCCCAGCGGGGAGGAACUCCUUCCGACAGUUUCUUCGCACUGAGUUCAGCGAGGAGAACAUGCUCUUCUGGUUAGCCUGCGAGGAGUUCAACACAGAUGCCAAUAAGACUGCCGUAGAGGACAGGGCUCGGGUCAUCUAUGAGGACUACAUCUCCAUUCUCUCGCCUAAAGAGGUGAGCCUUGACUCCCGUGUGCGUGAGGCGAUCAACAGGAACAUGCAGGAACCCAACUUGCAGACGUUUGAAGAUGCUCAGCUGCAGAUCUACACACUAAUGCAAAGAGACUCGUAUCCCCGCUACAUGAACUCCUCAGCCUACAAAAACCUGCUCAACACUCUGUCAGAGCAGUCCCCCGAAUCUUAGGGUGGUGAUGACCUGUGAUAUUUUAACUCUCUUUACCCCCCCCCCCCCUCUCCCCUUUCCCCCCAAUCCUUAUUCCCUUUUUUAAAUUUUUCUUUGUAUGUUCAGUGUAGGAUUACAUGAACCGGGCCUCGGGCCUGGCCCCUCCCAGGGAUCUCAGCGCUAUUGUGAUCUGCACCUGACCGAAGACACUCAGGUCUCAAAAUCUCCCGAGGGCUCGACAUCACAAGUACUGCUACAGAUCAACAUAGCAAAACACUCCAAAGGAAUAUGAAUACAUUUGGUUUCUGUUUUAUUUUUCUUUGUUUUGAUAGAAAUAAUCUAUUUUAUUUGUGUUCAGAGUUUUUUAUGGUCUGUUGUUUUUUUGUAUGAUUGUUUGGGGGGAAAAUGAUUCCUACUGUAGACUAUAUAUUUAUGAGUUUGUAAAUAGUAAAAAUGGAAUUGUGGGUAUUUUAUGUAGAAACGCCUGGUUCUAUUUACUGCGUAUGAAAAUCAAAGCUCAAGUCAAAGGCUACUUGUUAGCUCUACUUGCAGGCAGCUUUGUGGGGUACUGUAUGAUUUGACCUUGGUUUCACCCUGUUUUGUUACCUAACCUCACACUUUGGUCCCCGUGACAGCGACUUGGCAACUCCAGUUCGUGUAGAAACUGUGUGUGAUUGAAACUGCUGUAUAGCUCUUGUCACAGUGUGCAAUUUAUUUCCUCAAGAAACUCAAAUCAAUGGUGGAAGAGUAUUUUUACUUUCUUUACUCAAUCUUAACCACAGAAGAUUGACGUUUUUUUAUUUAUUCAGAUGUUACUCAAUGCACUGUUUAAUAUAGUUUUAACAGUGUGACAAAAUAACCUAAGUAAUUCUAUUUACCAGAUAAAGUAUUUUAUAUUGAUAUCUAUUGCCAAUACAGAAAAAACAACAAUUACAGAUUAUAUUUAAAUCCUACGGGGAGUCAACUAUAUUUUUAACUCACUGUCAGAAAAUGUAGAAAUGUGAGUUUAUUGUAUGGGUCUGAAAUUCCCUAAUAAUUUGUAAGUAAUUUGGUACUAAUGAGGGGAAAUAAGAAUGUUCUGGAAAGAGUUGCCCGCAUUUAAAUAUUCAUUCUACAUGCAUGAUUGGAAACUUACAGGAAUAGUACGACAUUUUGGGAAAUAUGCUUAUUCACUUGCUGCAGUUUGAAGGGAGGAUUUAUUCCUUUCUCUUAUCUGCUCACUAAAUGUAAAGCUACAACCAGAAGCUGCUUAAUAUAAAGACUGGAAACAGGGGGGGGAAAGCUCGACUGGUUCUGUGUAAAGGUAACAAAAUCCACCUAUGUAACAUAUCUUAUUUGUUUUAUUCUAGCUAGCUGUUUCCCCUUUCCUGUCUUAAUGCUAAACUAAGCUAAGCUAAGCUAAGCUAAGCGGCUGUUGUUUCAUAUUUAUUGUACAGACAUGAGAGUGGUAUUGAGUUUCUUAUCUAAUAAAAGAGAAUAAGCACAUUUUCCACAAAUAACUGCUUUAAUUCUACAUUUCUGUCAACGUGUUUACUUGCCUGCAGACAUUAUUUGACCAAUAAUUAGUACUUAAAUACAUAGUUCCUUUUAGGAAACUUCUUGAAAAUUAGCAGGGAAUUUCUCUCUAAAUUACAUAUGGGUAAAAUAAAGCAUCAUCAAUUUGUGAGAUUGACUUUUAUGACAGCAGGUGGAGUCAUCUGUGUAUCAUCCUGCAAGAUUUGUACUUAAAAAAGAAAAGCUCACAUGCAAUAUGAAAUUGACUUCUGAUUGAAAUUGCCUCUGGAGUCCGGCCAAAUCAGCAGCAACACCAAAGCUACCAUGUAAACUGUGUUCAAACGUUUAACUCAGAGCGUUUCCAUUGGCUGAAAUUGGAGUUGCCAAGUAUUAAGUACUUUUAUGUAUUCUGAUAGUUUUAGUUGAAUUACUUUGUUGCCUCACAAACAUGUCACUCAAAGACAAGAUCCUCACAUGGGGAAGUGCCUUGACAUUCAAUUUUAUGACAUCUUUCUCAUGGGCAACAGAUGUUUUCAGACUCUUGCCAUAAGGGAGGUUACUGGAGCACGAGGAAACUGGAAAUAAUCCCUCUCUUUGGCCAAAUUAUCGCAUGUGUUUUGUCUUGAUUCCUUAGUCGUGACUACAUCGGUCCAUUUUGGUAGCGCUACCAAACAGUAUGGCGGAGGGUGAUGACAACACAUGUCUUUAUUCGCUGAAGACAAGAUCAAUGGAUAGGGCUGUUUGAUCAGCACUUCUUGCCAACCUGUGUGCUUCACGGUGGCACUUCUACUUGUCUUAGAGUUCACUUUAACUUACUAUGUGCAAUUUUGAGCUGAUGGAUAGACCGCGCAGAUCAACCUCAAAACACAAUCUAAGCCAAUGGUUUGGAGUGAUGCCUAUAAAUGUUGUUUCUUCUUCUGUUUACUAUAUGAAAUGUGUUAUUUUGCGCUGAGUUUACUGAAGAAUACAUUUUUAAAAAAACAAAUAAUGUGAAUGUUUACAGUAUAUGGUUUAGGAUUUUUUUUUUCUGCUACUCUCCAAGAAAAUAAUGACUUGUGGGCAUUUUGAUUAAGAUAAAAUAAAGCACAAUAAUUUUA